AUGCACGCAAGCCAGGGUAAUUGCUCGAAACCUAUCAAGGGUAAGGAUAAGGAUGGCGAGGUUUUAGUCGUACCAGCAUGGAACAUCAGAAAGCUUAUGGGCGUUGCAGGUCAAGUGAUCACUGUCCACAUCCUUUCCAAAUAUCGUGUGGAUAUCGCUUGCUUAUCGGAGCUAUUAACAAAGCCUCCACCAAAAUAUGACAUGGUCAUAAUCGAGGAAGACUGGAAUACACGCGAAGAUCAUAAUGCGGCUGCGAUGAUCUCUACUCGAUGA